AUGAUUUCCAUGCAGCGAUCUCUCUCCUCACCCGUGCGGAUACAUUCUUCGCCUCCUCUCUCUCCAUCCACAACCGAACGCUCGAGGUCUCCAACACCCUCUCCUCUGAGCCGUCGUCAUGACCCCUCCCGACCUCGCCGUUUACGUUCCAGGAGCCCCAGCGAAGGCCCUCUCCCCGAGCCCUUGCUCAAGCCAGUGAUCUCAUUUCCACUACGGAGGAGUUUGGACAGCGAUAGGCACGGCCAUGGUGUACACGGCCACCGUAGAAGCGCGAGUGCGCAAAAGAAGCCUGUUAUAGCCCAGGAAGCGUCUUCUCCAGUAGAAGCUCCAUCCUCGCCAACGCCCGAAACUGCGCCGGCCCCAAGAGGAAACGAAGCCCCGAACACGGCAUCACAUCCGCUUCUCGCCGACAUGUCGCAGUACUCCAAUCCACAACUCAACUUUGAGGCCGAAGGAACAACUCUGGAGGAGCUCGCCCAUUUGGUACGACUAUCCAAAUACCAGGAGCGCAAGCGCGCCAACACUCGAAUUCGCCUUCAGCGGUCUCUCGUAUCAACCGCCCUUUCUGCACGCCUGACCCGUUGUGGCGAGAUCACGCAGAGAAACCUGGCCGACAGCUUUCGAGGCGAGGACAAGAAGGCAUUCGCAAACCUCUUUGGCGCCAUUCAUGAUGUCCGGAAUAGCUGCGACGACACGCGCCGUUACGCUUUAUUGGAGCCUGACCUGGAGUCUGUCAAACUUCCUGGCUUGGAAUCUGCUGAUAAUUUGGAUACACUGUCAAAUGGAACUGGAGGUAGUGCCAACAUUGGCUCCGUCGCGCCCUUUCUUAACGAUAUUUCUGCCUCUGCCCGGGAAGCCUUUUUGAACUUCUUGACACAGAUUCGCACCAACCCGGAUUAUCUGGCAUCGAGACUUUCUUCUUUGAGCAAUGCUGAGCUCCAGGCGCUCAACACGUUCCAUCAAGGAUCGGAACCAGUAGAGUCGGUCUUGCCCUACUACAACAGUCGCCCGAGUGGGCGCAAUCCUCCAGGUGCCGCCGCCAAGAACUCGGCCCAGUCUGCCAAUGCUGUGGAACGGCUACUUUCCUUUCAACGCCACGAUCCGCUCUCAGCACUCAUUUACACCAGUUUCGCCAAUUCUGCCGGACCAGAUAGUGCCGAGGACCGACGACGAAAUGACAUUUGGGCUAAUGCUUGUGCCCGUCUCAUCUCUGAAGCUAAGUUUUCCAAUUCUGCCAAUGAGUCAAUCCUCUAUUCUGUACUGGACGUUUGGUCUGCCUUGCGCGAUUGGUCCGGGCGAUCGAAUAUGGAAUGGUUUCUCAUGAAGAUCUUGGAAGACGGUGCAUUCUUGCUUGACCGUGCCGAGGAUCAAAACGGGACUCGCUUCAACAUUUCGGAAUGGACUCACAAGGACAACGUUGCCAGUGAUGAGUUCUACGAUCGGGCCAUCAAUGAUCUCUUUGAGGUUCUCGACGAUGAAGAUGCGACAGGAAUUCCCGAGGGUGUCCUGGAGUUGGGCAGUGAGAUUCUCAGACGGCUGAAUCCUCGCUUAAUCGAGAGCGUCAGGCGCUGGUUUGUUUCCAAGUGGCUCUUUGGCCAUUGGCUUUCGGAUGUGAUUGUCCACCCAGAACGACAUGGAAUGAUGGCAGAAUACCACAUCACCGAAUAUGGCCGCCAGAAGAUCCUCAAAAAGGUUGCCUCCAAGGCCAAGGAUUUGGUUAUUGACAUGACCUGGACCAGUUCCAAGAAGCCUGUGCUUACGCCACCAAAGGUGAAGAAUCAUAUUGAGAACAUUCUUGGACGCUUCAAGCCUGCAAGAUCUCGGGGCAUUGGACGACUUUUGCCAGCCAGAUCUAUCACGUCCUUACGAGAAACAGCCGAGGUGCAUCCGUACUUGGUCGUUAGUCCAGCUGAUUUGCUUACCCUAGUAAAUGCGCUCUUCCCUGAGCGGCGGCCCCAGUCUGCUCAUUCCAGCAGUAUUCGCUCGGGCGCGCCGUCUGUGUCCGGAUUUUCUGCCAUAUCCCAGCCCAUUUCCCUUGGAACAUCUCGAAACAAUUUUGACACUGCUUCAGUCAUCAGCCUUAGCACCUCUUCCGUUACGAGCGAGGCCACAACUUCCAAGGAACCGUUCUUUGAUGAUCAGAUAGGCACGCCGCAACGAUAUUCCCCUCCAAUGCUCGAGACUGGAAGUCCACAACGGGUGAGCAAUUACGAAGAUGACGGGUACCGACUAAGACUCGCUAUGCAUGAGAUGGUCCAAAUUUUAGGCCAAGAGGUUGUGUCUGGCUCCUGUCAUCCAUGUGCUGAACGUUGGGCUGUGCUCUUCAUUUCAGCCGAUGGCCACAACCUCUCACUACAGAUGACCUAUGAUCCCGACGAGGAUCUUGAGGAGGAAAAUUCUUCAACCACAAGCGACACGGAAGAUGAGGAUCUGGAUGAUGGGCCAGAAUUGGACAAAGAUUACCACCAGUUGCGCGAUUCCAUCUUGAAGCUUGUUGAAGACUUUGAGAUUCCAAGAGGUCUCGAGGAUGAUGGCGGCCUGACCACAUUGAGCAACCGUGCCACUGGCCUAAAGAAGUACAAGUCCAGAAACAAGAUCAUCAUCACUGAAUCUUCCAUGGGCAGCAGAAACCCUUACCGCAAGAUGGAGCGGGAAGGAAAUGAACGCAACUAUACCUCGAGGUCCCCGUCAAUAACGCGUUCCGAGCAGGACGCGGGGCAUGCUGAUGACUCACAGCCUGUAUUGAUCAAGAUGCUCGAGGCCGCCUCUUCGCAAUCCAGAGUGCAGUCGGAUUUUGUCGCAGCUCACCUCUACUGGAAGACAUUGCAGCAGCUCGAUAAGCUUUCAUCCCCUUCACUUCGCAAAAAUGGCUACGCCAACUUAUUGAAUAUCUUUUCGAGGGGGCCAAGGGACUCAAUACGCCGUUCUCAUGCGGCCAUUGAGGAAUAUGACGCAUGGCUCGUCUGGCUCAAGCAAAGUCAAGAACGACACGAGGGAUUAAUUUCGUCCAUGAUGAAAAGCCUCAAGAGUCUGCGGGACAAGAUGUGGUACAUUACUGACGUACACAACUCGGCACCCUAUGAGCACACUCGCAGUAUCUGCAGUGCCUUGAAAAUCAUGGGCGUCCCCAGGAGAUGGGGAACGUUUCAACGUACUCGAGCACAACUAUCCCGUGGUCCAGCUGCGAAUUACCUGUACAAGAACGAGUCACAAAUGCUCGACAUACUGGCGGCAAGUGAAGAGCAAGGCGGGCCCAACAAACUCAGUGACGAUCAAGCAGAAAAGACGACAAAAUGGCUUCAGCAGAUGCGAAUCGAGAACAUCUGCCAAGGAGAAGAACGUAUCCACCGGUUUUGCUGUGAGGUUGACAGCUGUGUAAGCAAACUUGUCGGGGAUAACAUCGUUGACGGUCCUGUACUGUGGUCAAGUGAAUUGUUCCAGCGCGAUCGAAAGUCUCUGGAAGGACCUGCCAAGACUUUGAGGGAGAAGAGCAGUUUCUGGAGUGGAGAUGAUGCUGCCAGCGUCAUCAGUGACCCUGAGCGGCGCUACGCCUCAUCUGCAAACCGGCCAAAUUCCAUUGCCAGAGAUCUGAGGUCAAUGACAACUCACAACGUCAGUCAGAUAUCAUUCGACUCCCGCUACAGUUUUUCCAGAGCGAGCACUGCAAUGUCCGACAUCCUAGACUCUCAAGACUACUUUGGCGCCGCGUCUCCGAUGCAUGCCAUCGACUCGUCCUCGACAUUCUGGUCACCGUUUCAAUCUACGAUGCCUUCCGCUAGCUCAGUCGUGUCACGCGCGCAUUCACCCACGACGAGUAUCACAAACUUUUCUGGCUCCUUCUCUCACCCUUACAGUCGUCAGCUACCGUCUCAUUACUCUGGCGGCCGACCUGGCACAUCUGCUUCGUCAAAUGAGACUGUGCAUCUCCAACGUCAAUCAGAAACCAAACAACGUUUCUUGGAGGAUCUUCGACAAACUUUGACCAGUCUUCUCUUGUCCGACCUCGGCAACUAUAUGUUCUCUGCGGGAUCUGAGACUGACGGCUGGUUUGGAGGACUCGGACAGCAGUGUAUCGAGCGUCGGCAAGCACAGGAAGCUCAGAGUCGCCAAUUCGUCAGCACAAAGAACGGCCUCAAGAGCCGCGUGAUUGAAAAGAAGAAGAGUUUUGGCAAUCUCCGCGUUGCUGGUGAGACUGCCGCCGCCGAGUCAACAUCUGAGCAAUCCGAAACCCCCACUGUACAGAGCCAUGAUAGUACUGCGACAACUCAGACCAGUCCACGGCGCAGCCGGCGAUCACGAAGAGAUGAGUCUGCCGACUUUCCCUACAAGAAGGCUUACCAGCGCCUACUGAGAAUGUUUUGUGUCAACCCGAACCCCCACGUUAAACUCAACGCCCUGUUUGAAAUGAAGCAUCUGGUUGAGGCUUCCUUGGCGUCAAGCGGCCGUCGUUCCCGAUGGGCUAUGCGCGAUCGUCUCGCACCCCCAGAUGAUGAUGACUUUGGAGGUGCAAAUGCGCUUGAACAAACAAUGGACAGCGUCAGGGAGCGUAGGUCGCAGGUCAUCUUCUCGCCGACCAUGUCUCCCGCGCAAACACGCUCGUCCGGCAAUGCUGAGACACGGUCGAUCGUGUCCAUAGCACCUGUCAACACUGACGCUGUAGCCAUUGUACUCGAGUCCCUCUUCAAGGACCCCAGUGUACGACCCAAGACACUCUUUCGUGAUCUGCAGUACAUUGCGUCCUUUGUUCCUGCGGAUACUCUCGACAGGUCAGAAAAGGGCAAGGCCUUUUUCGACACGAGUCUUGCUGCUCUAGCGCUGAAGCAGGAAGUCUGCCGCACAAUGGUUGAGGUCGCAGAUGAGGUGAUCAAGAUGGAGCAGCAAUCUAGAAAACCAUCGUCCACAAGUAGCGAGGGUUCAGACACGGCAAGGUCACCAUUGCCCUACUCACUGGCAGACGUAGCCAAGAUGUUGACCAUCACGGCUAAAGAGGGGUCACAUCCCGCACAGAGGGAAUUCGGGCUUUUCAACCUGAGUAACCCAGAGCUUGUAGAGAGGACCAUUAUGCCACUUUGCAAACCCCGCGACGUCUUCAAACAAUCUCUCAUGGAGAAAUUUGGGGCCAAGCCAGGAGGCAGUGCAAGACACCCCGUGGACAGAAUCCGGGCACUGGGUUCGUCGGGUUCCGCUACUGCAUCAGAAGGUAACAAGGGUGUCGAUGUCAAGAAUGACCCAGCACUGCACUGCGUCGCGUUCCACUGGUUUGGUGUCGCAGCUGAAGGCGGCGACAAGAUUGCCAAACAGUUCCUUGAGCAGAAUGAGAUCAACCGGCUGGACUGA